ACUAUGCCAAACGGGCGCCGUCUCGUUUGCUGCCUGCGCGCGUCUCCAAGGAUGAGAAGAUGCUUGGAUGCAUCCAUUACGGAUUUCGUUCUUAUUUGAACUGACUAACGAUUUAACUAUGUUAAUGUAUACGUUUCUGCACCCUGUUCGUGUAGUUUGUGGGUUCUGCUUAUGUUGAACGUGCUAUCGGUGUAUGAAGUCCCUUCGUUGCGUUGGUGCUGCGGAAUACAAGAGAGCCGAGCUAACAUCCGUGGAAGAGAGCUAAUCAAUUUAGAGAAGAGAAAAAGAGGGAUAGUUAAGGGGUUGGGGAACUGACGAGAAGAGAGGGAACGAAAGGAGAGAGAACGUCGACCCCAGAAAUUGAAACAGAAAGUGAGGAGCAUCUACAAUCCAUAGAGACACCCCUUUCAAGAGCCGAUUCACCAAACAUCUCCUUUUUUUAUUGGAAUAAUUGUCAUGGGACAAUUAUUAAUUCUCUAAAAAAAUAUGCUGAAAAAUAGACGGCAUUCUAUUUUUAAACUGACAUGAACAAAGUCAAGUGAGGAAAUAUAAAUGAUAAAUCAAGAGACCAUUUAAUUUCUAACAGUUCUUCAUGGUUUUAAAACGACUUGAAAGAGAAGAAUAGAAUGUACUGGUAAAAUGAACAUCAAGAGAACCGCUUAAUUGUCUUGUAUCAGAGGUGAUUUAUCAACAUAUUAGAACUAAGGGUGGGUCAUGACCAAUUUUCCAUGCAUGUUGUCAUGAUGACCAGCCCCUCCACCCCCUCCUCCCUCCUCUGGUUGGUCCAGCUUUUGCUGUGGCUUCACCACCAUGGACUUCAGCUGACAGAGGCCGUACCCCCAUGUCCCAACCCCUGUAGCUGCUCCAAUCAGGCAAGCCGCGUCAUCUGUACAAGGAAAAGUUUAGAGGACGUACCGGACAGUAUUUCUGUGAACACAAGAUACCUCAACUUACAAGAGAACACGAUUCAGGUGAUAAAGUCAGACACGUUCAAGCACCUGCGGCAUUUGGAAAUACUGCAGCUCUCCAAGAAUCACAUCCGACAGAUUGAGGUGGGCGCGUUCAAUGGCCUGCCAAACCUCAACACCCUUGAGCUCUUUGACAAUCGCCUCACGCUGGUACCAUCGCAGGCCUUUGAGUACCUCAGCAAGCUGCGGGAGCUCUGGCUACGGAACAACCCCAUCGAGACACUGCCAGCGUACGCCUUUCACCGCGUUCCCUCCCUGCGCCGGCUCGACCUGGGCGAACUCAGAAAGCUGGACUACAUCUCUGAGGCCGCCUUUGAGGGCCUGGUCAACUUGCGCUUCCUGAACCUGGGCAUGUGCGGCCUGAAGGACAUCCCCAACCUCACACCCUUGGUCAGACUGGAGGAGCUGGAGCUGUCAGGAAACCAACUGGGGAUCGUCAGGCCGGGCUCCUUCCAGGGCCUGGUGUCACUGCGCAAGCUGUGGCUCAUGCACUCCAAGGUGACGGUCAUUGAGCGCAAUGCCUUCGACGACCUGAAGAACCUGGAGGAGCUCAACCUGUCCCACAACUCUCUGCAUUCACUGCCCCACGACCUCUUCACCCCGCUGCACCAGUUGGAGCGGGUGCACCUCAACCACAACCCCUGGGUGUGCAACUGCGAUGUCCUGUGGCUCAGUUGGUGGCUCAAGGAGACAGUGCCCAGUAACACCACAUGCUGUGCCCGUUGCCACGCGCCCCCAGUCCUGAAGGGCCGCUACAUCGGUGAGCUGGACCAGAGCCACUUCACAUGCUACGCUCCUGUCAUCGUAGAGCCACCCACCGACCUUAAUGUCACAGAGGGUAUGGCCGCGGAGCUGAAGUGUCGCACUGGCACCUCCAUGACGUCUGUCAACUGGCUCACCCCAAAUGGCACCCUCAUGACCCAUGGAUCGUACCGCGUCAGGAUCUCAGUCCUUCAUGACGGAACCCUGAAUUUCACCAACGUUACUGUGCAGGACACGGGCCAAUACACCUGCAUGGUGACCAACUCCGCAGGCAACACCACGGCGACUGCAGUGCUCAACGUGUCCUCCUCCGACUCCAGCAACCCCUACAGCUUCUUCACCACCGUCACUGUUGAAACCGUGGAAACAAACAAUGGUGAAGAUGCUGGGAGGCAGUACAUCAACGAAACCUACGUACCACCAGAUUACCUGGGUCCCACUUUUUCAGGAGGGGUACUGGGUAAAGGCAGGGCUGGAUUCACCAUAUCUCCAUCUCGCUCUUCUCUCCACUCUUUCUCUCCGCGUGCCACCAGAAACACUGAAAAUACAGUCACAGUGUCAAUAAUGGAUGUCACAAACAUGACUGGCCUGGACGACGUGAUGAAGACCACCAAGAUCAUCAUUGGCUGCUUUGUGGCCAUCACCUUCAUGGCAGCCGUGAUGCUUGUGGUCUUCUACAAGCUGAGGAAGCAGCACCAGCUGCACAAGCACCAUGGCCCCACCCGCGCUAUUGAGAUCAUCAACGUGGAAGACGAGAUUGGUGCCGGGGCCGGGAGCGGCAUCUCAGGGGGAUCGACCAUGCAAUCUGGGUGCGGAGGAGACGGAACAUUGAGGAUGCAUCACCCGGAAAUAGUCAACCUUCCCAACAUUGGGCGAUCAGAGCAUCUUAACCAUUACUACAAGGCCAAUCAUUUCAACAACAAUGUGAUGGGUCUGAGCAUUGGGACUGGGGCAGGAGUCGGUACUCUAAGCAACAAGAGCAAUCUAUCUCCACUUAACCAGCAAGGCCAGGAUAUCCCAAUCUCCUGUACACAGGUUCCAAUCCCCUCCGCCACUUUCCAGACCAUGUCUGGAAAUGGCACCAACACCAACCCUCUUUCUGUUUCCCCACCUCUGCCAAUGUCCCUCCCCAUGCCCCCCAUGGGAUUGCAUGGAUCGAUCAAGGGUUUCAUGGGCCAGAACCAGAACCCACAAAUGGAACCUCUUCUGUUCAAGGGAAACUCAAAGGAAAACGUUCAAGAGACUCAAAUUUGAGAACAAAGAGUGAGGAAAGAGAGAGAGUGCAAGGGAACGACAGAGAGGGGAUUGAUGGCUGGUUUACGCACUGAAUGAUUAGACACUAUAGUGCAUUGACAUUACACCAAGAGAGAGGAUAGACUGACACCGCAAUACACAAACGCAUAGGCUGGUCAGCGACAGUGUACUGAGCCAAGGAUUACCACAAUGGGCCACUUGUGUUUGUAGUAACGGUCACGGCAAUGGAGUUAAAUAUCGAACAUCGCUACAAUGUAAAUCUGUGCCAAAGCAAAUGUUUCUUGCCGUUUCUAUGAGUUGUAUUCACAUAGAAGAAAGUACUGUGGCUCAAUUCCCUAAGUCAUUGUUGGCCAGUCUGUCAAGACAUGCACAGCACGUACCACAUUGAAGUUUGAGUUAUGAGACAUAACAGGACUAGACAUUUCUAGUCAUUUCUCUUUUACAGAAAACACUUGUGAAAGACACUCUGGUAUGAACUCAAUAGUCUCCCAUGAGGCCGUAGGUAGGCAUAAAUGGAAGGACAAAGGGUACAGUACAGUACAAAUUACUGUGAAAAUUCACAAAUUCUAUAAGUAUAUUUUCAUUUGAGUAUGUAACAUUGCAGAUUCCAAUGCAGAGAUAUUUUGGAGGAUGUAUGAGCUGUAAAAGUUUGUUUUGUGAAUUAUCAGGGGGUGGUGAUUGUGAAGGUUGAAUUAUACACUACAUAUGUUUUGAGUUUGGCUACUCAUCCAAAUCAGAAGGGCUCAAUUGCAACACUCAUUGUGAUGCUAUGAAUUUGGCUUCCAUGAAUAUUGUAAAAUCGUAGGAGAGGUCCCCCAGUGUUCUGUUAGACAAGCUUUUGUCUGUGAUAACUGGACAAUUCUGUUCUGGUUUGUCUUGAGAGUAUAUUCCAUAUAUUCCAGCAGGCUACUUGAUUAUUCAAAUGAGAGCUUCAGGUGCCUGCAUGUGCCAUCAGCAAAUGCAGGUGAAAUAACUAAACAGUGAGCUAAUAUCAUGCAAAGAAUUGUAUGGGCAAUGGAAAUGUUGACAAAGUGUAAAACAACAGAUCAGUGGCAAGAUAUUUGCUAGAAGUGGGGAAUUUGUUAUGAACUCCUUUCUCAUGGUGACCAUUUUGAUGCUACAUAAUGCCGUCAACAGGGUGAUUAAAUGCCUGUCUUUGCCAUCGCAUUCAGUCGGUGGGUUCAACCACCAUAUUUGGUUUAGUGUAACAGAAAUGAAUGAUAAUAGUAUUUGGUUGUGUGACAGUUGGACAAACCACCUUUUUACAGUGUACCUUUCAUGUGUUGAUACCAUUUAAAGCUUUGUGCAUUUAAACUGUCUUCAAUUAUUUUUGUUUAGUUUGAUAUAAUGUGUACAAUUGUCUAGCCAUGUAUCAUUCACGUAAAUAAAUAAAUCAUAUAUCGGGGU